AUGGCGCCCUCACUAGCAUCAACGCCUACAGCGUCGGUGGAAACGAAGGUCGACCGCAGAGUCGCUCAGUCUCCAGGAGAUGCUGAAGAUACAGAGGCUAUGGCCGCCAUGGCUCACAGGCGGCGAAGGCUCCCUGGCAUCCCACAAUUCCUUUCUGCGGCUGCACAGCGACAGUGGCAACUGGAACAUAUGGCUGGCGCCUUCCGUGUCUUUGCCCGCGAAGGCUACGCCGAAGGCAUAUCUGGUCAUAUCAGCGUGCGCGAUCCCGAGCACGAAGAUCGAUUCUGGAUCAACCCUCUCGGUGUGCACUUUGGUCUGAUGAAGGCGAGCGAUAUGAUCUGCGUCAACUUGGCAGGUGAAGUCGUCGGUGGCAACAUGGAAGGCUCGAUAAACGCAGCCGGCUUUCAAAUUCACAGCUCCGUGCACAAAGCACGAAGGGACGUGCAUGCCAUCUGCCACACACAUUCAGUACAUGGUCGCGCGUACUCAGCAUUCGCGAAGCCGCUGGAAAUGAUCAAUCAAGAUGUGUGCUACUUCUACAAGGCUCAUGCAGUAAGGGAGAAGAUUGCUGAAAGCCUCGGCGAUGGCAAGGCGUGUAUCCUCAUGAACCACGGACUUUUGACCGUUGGGCAGACGGUGGAUGAGGCUGCCUUUUUAUUUUGCCUGAUGGAAAGAAGCUGCAAGGUUCAGAUGCUUGCCGACAGCACUGGUCAUAAGAAGCACUUUGUUAGUGAUGCUGAGGCUGCGUAUAACUUCCGCAUGGCGAGUACUCCGAGUGCAUUAUACACUGAGUUUCAACCACAUUACCAACUCGAAGAAGCGCUUGCCAAUCCUCCGUUCAAGCAAUGA